CCUGUUUUCAACAAGCUGUCAGAUUGCAACUUUUCUGGGCGUUGAGACUACACUAUUCUCCCAGACUGGACUUUGGAAUCCAGUCUGCAUAUGAGAAAUGGCCGAGUUUCUGUCACAACUCACCUCGGUGUCAUCAGGAAGCUCCGAUGAAGACUAUGACAGGCGAAUCCGUGACCUCAUCACAUACCUUCAGCAGCCAAGUAGGGCUUCUGAGCUUUCAGCGGCCAGUGGAUAUCUACUAGAUAACCUCGAUCCUUAUCUACACACCCUGUCUUACCUAUCAAUUUUCCUUCUUAAGAUCCAGUCCCUCCAGGGCAGCAACAAGGGCCGGCUACCCGAGCAAAUUUAUCCCGGACGAGAACUAUGGCUCAAGGCUAUUCGGUUUUUACGAAGCUUUGAUCCUUUUCAGAUACGGUAUGCUGGUCACGAAUGGCGCCAGCUAGUACAACUUGUAGUCCAGGCUGCGCAGGCUGUCUCGAAGCCACUCCUGGCAGUUAUAGCUGUCAGGGAUGCCAUACUUCGACUCGACCCCUCAUCAGAGGUCCUCACGUCAGUUCACACUACGUUUAUUAAACUCACUUUGGUGUCUAGGUCGUAUAGCCUUGCUGUGCCAAUUCUGGAGAGACAAGUUUGUCAUUUUCCGGCCGUUACUGGACAUGCUUAUCAGAACUAUCAUCAGCCUUUGCUUUGUGGGGAACACGAGUCUAGCACAGCAUUUAUCACUGAUGCUUCUGGGUUUUCCAAGCAGUUGACAUACAGAGACCAUCUGCAGUUUUUUCUUUAUGGUGCAAUGAUAUACAUGGCGCUAAAAAGAUGGGAUAGGGCCCAUCACUAUCUGAGCAUAGUGAUAUCCUGUCCUGUCACAAAUACUGUCAGCAAGAUCAUGGUAGAAGGGUACAAAAAGUGGCUCUUGGUCAGCCUGUUGAGAAAUGGAAAAUUGGCCGCACACCCGGAUGUAGUCUCUUCGCAUGUUAUCAGAGCAUAUCAGUCCUUGGUGAAGCCAUAUACCUCACUGGCCGAUGCAUUCGAAAAGGGUGAUUAUCAAAGGUUAAAAGCUGAAGCUGCACAGUCUAUUUGGCGUCUAGACAAUAACACCGGCCUUGUCCACCAAGUAAUCAAGGCAUUUACAAAAUGCAUGACCCUGAAAUUAGGGAGGACGUUUUCUGCCCUCACAAUGGCGGAUGUGACACAACAGGCGUCCGAUUGUUCAUCACUCCGUGAAGUUGAGUCAUUAGUGGCAUCACUUGUAAUGUCAGGGGCUUUCAGUGCUGUCCUGCUACAAUCACAUAACUACGAUGACACGACAAUGCUUCGAUUUUCCAAUCCAAUAAAAUCCCUCUAUUCGCGGGAACAGUGUGCACGGGGGAGGAUAGUGAAAGAGGGUCGGCAAUUGGGUGUUAUAAGGCGAAGUAUUUGCCAAUCCAACCAUGAGCUGGAGCUGAGCAAUGAGCAUUUUCUGUUUUCACAAAAGAGUCUGAGGUGGUCUGACAACCCUGGAAAAGGCAACGUCAACGCACUCAACGAGGCGGCCGGCGGAGGUGACAUUGAAGAAGAUAUUAUGGGUGAUAUCCAUUGAAAUACCAAAGCAACAAAGAAAUGAUGCGCUUCACACUUUUACUUGACCCUUGAGGCAAUACAUUACAAAAGGAACACUCGGUAUCACCCUCAUACAAGGCAAGUUGGUUCAGCUAAUCAGUAACUAUGAAAGCCUAUGAAACCUGAUCCAAUAGAGCCCAUGGACCAUGGUUAU